AUGAUGUCCUACAUAAAACAGCCACAUUAUGCUGUGAACGGGUUAACACUAUCCGCCUCAGGAAUGGACCUGCUCCACACUGCAGUCGGCUACCCAGCCACUCCAAGGAAGCAGCGUAGGGAACGCACUACCUUCACGCGCACGCAGCUGGACAUCCUCGAAUCCCUGUUUACCAAAACACGGUACCCAGACAUAUUUAUGAGAGAAGAGGUAGCCCUGAAAAUCAACCUUCCUGAGUCCAGAGUUCAGGUGUGGUUUAAGAACCGUCGUGCUAAAUGCCGGCAACAGCAACAGCAAUCCAGUGGUCAGCCCAAGCCUCGCCCCCCCAAAAAGAAGUCAUCCCCACCCACUGAGCUGACCUCUGACGCUGGCACGAGCAAUUCUGUGGCAGCUGUCCCUGCGCCAGCCAUGCCCCCAAGUAUUAGCGCUGGCACCGCACCAGUGUCUGUGUGGAGUCCCACCUCUCUAUCCCCCCUUCCUGAUCCAUUAUGUGGCUCCGGCACAUCCUGUGUGCAGCGUCCGGCUCCGUAUCCCAUGAGCUACGGUCAGCAUUCCACUUAUAGUCAAGGCUACGGCUCUUCUCCCUACUUCAGUGGCCUGGAUUGUAGUCCAUACCUCUCUCCCAUGACCACUCAGCUGUCAGCAAGUGGGGGCACCCUGUCACCCCUCACUGUGCCCUCCAUGGGUGGUUCACUCAGCCACUCACCCUCUCUCUCCUCCCAAGGAUACAGCACCACUUCGCUGGGUUUCAGUUCCAUAGACUGCCUGGACUACAAGGACCAGCAGGCCUGGAAGCUCAAUUUCAGCACUGUGGACUGCCUCGACCAUAAAUUCCAAGUGCUGUAG